AUGUUUCCCCCCUUCUCGUUCCAGUUCAACCUGCCUGGCAUACGAAACCCAUUUACGCGUGCACCAGCAGCGACGAACUCGGCGCAAUCUAGCAGCGCUUCACCCGGAUCAGCUGCCCAGCCCCACGGCGCGUCAAUUAACCCUCAAUCGGCGCUCCGACCUCUCCAUCCUAAACGCCCCCACCCAAGGGACCUUUCUCCCUCCCAGCCGACACGCAGAAAGCGUGGAUGGUCCCCGUCGCUCGCCGAGCCAAGCAGCACUGUCUUGACCUCCUCCGGAGCCACUGGCUGGGUCGAUUCACCGGCAAAGUACAGGGACAUGGCUGCGAACAGGAACGAUAACCAUGAGGGAGAGCAUAUGUUGGGAGACCUACCAGCCGCCAAGAAACGGAGGACGCUGGCUGGUUCCAUCGUCUCCACUGCCAUGAGCGCCGCCCUCAUCGGCACCGCGGUUGGCCUUACUGUCUAUCGUUUAUGGAGAGAUCGGGGCAAGGAACCCGAGGCUCUACCUCCGCCACCCUAUCAGCAAGGGGACUGGAUCCCUGCCGAGGCACCCCCGGAGCCGCCCACGACCACCGUCACUCCUCCGACGCCAAAACGCAAGCCCAAACAGGCUCUCACGGUUGGUCGACACGCGACCUCGAGCAGGCACCGUAAAUCCCGCUCGAAGGUGCAUGCUAUGCCUUUCACCCCUCCGCGAAGCUCGUCUCCGUCCAAGACGCAGUUUCAAACGCGACAUGAGAUUGAGCCUGCACCUGCGGGAGAGGAUCCCAGCGAACUCGAGGAUCAGAUGGAUUGGAUGGGUGGCAAACUCGCUCAGUUGAUCGCUGAAGGCCAGAAAGCGCUGGGAAGAGAAGUUGUCGUUAUGAGCGAGGCGCCGGAGGACGAGGUGGACGACGCUACGGGCGAUUGGCAAGAGGAGGAUAACGCGAUGGUCACUGACACCCCGGGCCGUUCCACCGCCUCCUCUCGCCGCGGCUCCGUACGUCGGAGGCACGCUCCGUCGCUCUACUCCGGCACGCCGUCUCCCAGGAAAAGCCGGUUCGACGGCGUGGAUGUCCCUCAGUCAUCUCGGGAAAAGAGCGUCGAAUUAUUUUCCGCUGCCGCCAACCCCAACUCAAGUGCGAGCAUGAGGGAGAACGAGCACGAAUGGCAAAGCGCGGAGAUGCGCGAAUUCAUGGAGCGCGCUCGGGCCGCUAAGGCUUCCAGGCGGUGACAAUGCCUGCUCCUGGCGAGCGGAAGACGGGAACUGUUUGCACGAAUAAUCACGACCUCGCCCUUCAUAUCCUCUUACGAACACCCACACCCGUCGGACGCCUCGCGACACGGCUGUACUCCUCUCUAUCUAUGCACCUCGCACUCGGUAUCUGAUUUGCUUGCUUUUAUUUUAUUCCUUCCGACCAUCAGACAUACAUCAUACUCGCUAUCAAAUGCAUUUUGUAUUAUUGUACACCAAUUGAUGGAAUAGAGUGGUUGGCCAU